CUGAGUAUAUAAGCCGAGGUGUGACAUGUUGCAAAGCUGGGCAACCCCUACAUUGGCUUUGGUGGACAGGCUCUGAUCCCAAGGACUGUUACCUCUUUCUCUCGUGCAGAUCAUCUGAAAAGUGCAAUCAUGACCAAGAACUGCCACAAUGACUAUAAGAUGAAGUUUAGUCUGGAGGAGGAAUAUCCUGACCUCUCUCAGCACAACAACCACAUGGCUAAGGCACUGACCAAAGAAAUCUAUGAAAAAUUGAGGAGCAAGUCCACCCCAAGUGGCUUCACUCUGGAUGACAUCAUCCAGACUGGUGUGGACAACCCUGGUCACCCUUUCAUCAUGACUGUGGGCUGUGUGGCUGGUGAUGAAGAGUCCUAUGAGGUCUUCAAGGAUCUCUUGGAUCCUGUCAUCUCCGACCGUCACGGCGGCUACAAGCCCACUGACAAGCACAACACUGAUCUGAACUGGGAGAACCUGAAGGGUGGUGAUGAUCUUGACCCCAACUAUGUCCAGAGCAGCCGUGUGCGCACUGGCCGUAGCCUCAAGGGAUACACCCUGCCUCCCCACAACAGCCGUGGCGAGCGUAGGGCCGUGGAGAAACUGUCCAUCGAGGCUAUGACCAGCCUGGAUGGUGAAUUCAAGGGCAAGUACUACCCUCUGAAGGACAUGACUGAAAAGGAGCAGGAUCAACUGAUCGCCGACCACUUCCUGUUUGACAAGCCUGUCUCCCCUCUGCUGCUGGCUUCUGGCAUGGCCCGUGACUGGCCUGAUGCAAGAGGCAUCUAUCACAAUGACAACAAGACCUUCCUGGUCUGGGUGAAUGAGGAGGACCAUCUGCGUGUGAUCUCCAUGCAGAAGGGUGGCAACAUGAAGGAGGUCUUCAAGAGGUUCUGUGUUGGCCUGCAGAAGAUUGAGGAUGUCUUCAAGAAGCACAACCACGGAUUCAUGUGGAAUGAGCAUCUCGGUUUUAUCCUGACCUGCCCCUCUAACCUUGGCACUGGUCUGCGCGGUGGCGUGCAUGUCAAGCUGCCCAAGCUCAGCACACACCCCAAAUUUGAGGAGAUCCUCACCAGACUGCGUCUGCAGAAGCGUGGCACAGGUGGUGUGGACACAGCAUCUGUUGGCGGCGUGUUUGACAUCUCCAACGCUGACCGUCUGGGUUCCUCUGAAGUACAGCAGGUGCAGCUGGUGGUCGAUGGCGUGAAGCUCAUGAUUGAGAUGGAGAAGAAGCUGGAGAAGGGCGAGUCCAUUGAUGACAUGAUCCCUGCCCAGAAGUAAAGUGGGAGAAGUGCUUCUUUUUUGUAUCUGUUCUAAGGAGCAACCUUGUCUUUCACGCAGUGCAAGCAGGAGAAAUGUUCUCGCUUGACUUUUCCAAGAGACACUCCACACUGUUCCCUCUCUUCCUUUUUUCCUUUCCUGUCGCCUUUGAUUUUCUCCCCUUUUUUCCACUCCCUUUUAAUGCCAUCUUUCUUUCCCAUUCUUUCUGUAACAUCCUGGGAUCAAAUUGCCGCAUGGCUGAGGAAACUCUGUCUAUGCUGUCUUCACCUAAACCUUUUUUUUGGUUGUACAAAGUAAGUAAUUAAAAAGCCCCAUGUAACAAUCAA